AUGCCAUUAACUAACCUUGUUUUGAAGCGUUUGAUUGAUAAUUGGAAGUCAGAACAAUUUAGUCGCAUACUGGAUUUUGCUUCUCAAAUCGCGGACAAAGAAAGCCAUAAGCUGAAACAUGAAGAGGCUGCUGUCUUUAAUUUGGAGAGUCUCAUCACUUCAUUGAAUGGAGUAAACAGAAGAAAUUAUGUCAGACAACUCAUCUCUAUAGGGUUUCUGUCAUUUCUUUUUAGGAGGUUUGAAUUGGGAAAUGUGGAAGAGAAAACACAUGUUUUGGCACUCUUGGUAAAUUGCAGUGAAGCAGAUUCUAGUUGCAUAUAUCAGAUCGUGAGGAACAUUGACAAAAAAUGGCUUCUACAGCUUCUUUGCAGUGAGGAUGUUGCCCCAAGAACAAUUGCAAUUUCGCUACUUACUGAAUUAUUUUCUCUUACAAGAAAUGAUGUUAUUUCCUUCUUAAGUGGCUUUGCUGGUCCGGAUUUAUUGAACACUAUGGAUGUUCUACUUUUGUAUCUUCAGAAUUCUUCUCUCCAUCAAAAACCCCUUGUUGCUGUUCUUCUGUUGCACCUUGAUUUACUGGACAACUUCUAUCUGAAGACUCAGCCUCCAAUGCAUUGCGUAUACAGAGAGGAGGCUGUGAAUGCCAUUGCAGUUGCUCUUGAUGCCAGCUUAUAUGAUGACAAGGUUCAAGAAAAGUGUUGCAGGGCACUGCUUAUUUUGAAAGGACUUUUUGCUUUCAAAGGAAAGAAACAAGCCAAGGCUAACAUUUUAAAGCAAAAUGAAGAUGAAAAUGACAGUUCAGCAGUCAAUUCUUGUGAGCAUGAAGAAGAGGGCAUAAUAUCAUUGGAAGAUGAAGAAGAAAAGAACCAAGAGUGGCUGAUGAAGUUGUUAGAAUUGUUGAUUGGUGAUGGAGAAAGCCCAUUUUUGAAGAACAUUUCAAGAUGUUUAGCCUCUAGAUACCUUGAUUUGGUGAAGAUAUGCUUAUUAACAGUCACAUGGCUUAGUUCCAGACUUUCUGUACUAAGUAAUUCUGGUUCACCCCUUCCUGCAUUCCCAGCCAUCAUCUAUCAGAUGAAAGGAAUACUGCAGAGUGGGGAUCUUGAGUUCAAGACUCUUGCGUCUUUGUCCUUGUUUCAUUUCAGUAAGAUACCAGAAAGCAGAGCCCUUAUGAUGACUAUGGCAGAAGAUAUUGCUACUCCUCUUCAUAGAAUUGUUGAUGUAACAUGGAGUGCAAAGCAGCUUCUUAUCAUGUUAGGGAAGGAUUUGCUGAAUUCGACAGGACCUGGCAUAAUCCAUCUCCAAACCAUCGUCUUCACCAUCGCGAAGCCAGGUCCAAGUGUGGAGUUUCUUGAUACAGAAGAACAUCGGCAUUUAGACUCUUUGGGAGAUAUUUCUGUGCUCAGGGCUGCCAGUGUGUUGAAAAAUGGUGCUUUGGAGUUAUAUUGGGUGGGUGAUAUAGCUGUUGAUUGUUAG